AUGUCGGAGAAGGUCCUUGACCACGUUGUUGUCACGGCGGGAGUCGAAUCGCCAGACUCAGCUUCCCUCGACAUGGAAGACAAAGCCGUAAUGGCGCAGAUGGGCAAGAAGCAGCAGCUGGCGAGACGCUUCAAUUUUGUUACCAGCCUCGCAUUAUCCGCAACGCUUCUGUCAUCGUGGGAAGCCAUAGCCUCCGCGAUGGGCGUUGGUCUCUAUGCCGGCGGACCGGUCGCCCUGGUCUGGGGCUUUUUCUUGACUGGCAGCGGCACACUCGCCUUAGCGGCAUCGAUCUCUGAGAUGGCCUCCAUGUGUCCAAUUAGCGGGGCGCAGUAUCACUGGACGUACAUGUUUGCGCCGCCGAAAUGGAGGGUUCCGGUGACGUUUGUGCAAGGAUGGGUCACCGUUUUCGCGUGGCAAGCCACCCUUACGAGCGUGUAUUUUCUUAUUGCGACUCAGAUCCAGGGGUUGGCUAUACUCAACUGGCCUGGUUACGGCUAUGAGCGGUGGCAUAGCACCCUGAUGAUGUGGGCUCUCGUCGCCAUCACAUUCGCCGUAAACGUUUGGGGCAUCAAGCUUUUGCCGGCUACUGAGCUGCUUGCUGGCGUCUGCCAUAUCCUGUUCUUCAUAGCCGUGUGCUUGUUCUUGGACGGAAUGCUUCACCAGAUCUGGUCUUCAGGACCUACAUCAACCAAACUGGAUGGAGCAACAACGGUGUGGCAUUCUUCAUUGGACUGCUUCCGUGUGUAUGGUGUAUCGUUGAUAGGCUUUGAUGGUGCCAUUCACCUCAGCGAGGAGACGACCAAAUCAGCGACCACCGUUCCCAAAGUGAUUAUGACCACGGUGGUCCUCAACGCCACACUAGCCUGGCUUUUCGUGCUCGUCUCUCUCUACAGCAUCUCCAGUAUCGAGGACGCUCUUGGCACACCGACCGGCUUUCCGAUUAUCGAGAUCUUCCGCCAGGCCACCGGCUCCACGGUAGCAGCAACUCUCAUGGAAACCGCCAUGCUCGUCGUCGGCGUCCCUGGCCUUAUCGGAACCCUCGCUUCUGUCUCCCGUUUGACUUGGUCCUUCGCCCGCGACAAGGGUCUGCCUUUCUCAGACUUCUUUGCGCACGUAGACAACCAUUACCUUGUUCCUACGCGGGCCAUCUCCUUGGUGGCGGUGGUUGUCGUCCUGCUGUCCUUUAUCAACAUCGGCUCGUCGGUCGCACUGAGCGCGAUCUUGUCGCUCUCGACUAUCUCGCUGUACUUAUCUUACAUCAUCCCGAUAGCCUGCCUGCUUCUCAAGCGUCUGCGCGUGAGCACGCGUCGAGCCGCUCCCGGACAGGCUUUCGUGGGGGAGAACGCGAUCGUGUUUGGACCUUUCUGUCUAGGCCGGUUCGGGGUCCUCAUUAACUCCUACGCGCUGUGUUAUGCCUGUAUGAUGGUGCCGUUCCUAGCACUGCCGACGGUGCUGCCAUUAACGAAAGAGACAAUGAACUAUGCUGGUCCGAUACUCUGCUUGGUACUGUUGUUUGCGGCAGUAGAUUACCGUCUUAGGGGGAAGAGAAACUUUCAUGGACCGAGGAGGGAGUUCGAUUGA